AUUAGUUUGUAUUCCGUCAUUCCAUAUUACCAAUCCAAUGCGAUCUUUCAUCCAUCUCUUUUCCCACGCACUUGUGCUUCGUACCCCCCAAUCUUAUUGUCCUCGAACACCCCUGAAAAAUAUGAUCCGAACACCCAACAAAUUAACAACAAAAUCAGACUCUAAUGCUCGCAGGGUUGACAAAUUGCGAAGAGUCUUGCGCUCAGACUCCACUGAGGGUUGGGACAAAUGUUGGGAACAAGGAUUGACGCCUUGGGAUUUGGGGCAGCCCACCCCAGUUCUCGUGCAUCUUUGCAACACCAGUUCCCUUCCGAAGGGCAGGGCUCUCGUUCCUGGUUGUGGCAGUGGCUAUGAUGUGAUGGCAGUUGCAUGCCCUGAACGCUAUGUUGUAGGUGUGGACAUAUCGGAUAAUGCCAUACAGAAAGCCAAAGAGUUGUCUUCGCGGUCUCCAAAUUCAGACCAUUUCACAUUCUUAAAGACAGAUUUUUUCACUUGGCAACCAGCUGAGUUGUUUGAUCUCAUUUUUGACUACACGUUCUUUUGUGCCAUUGAACCAGAUUUGAGAGCAGUCUGGGCUUGCAAAAUUCGAGAAUUGCUAAAACCAGAUGGGGAGCUUAUAACACUAAUAUAUCCGAUUGAUAAUCACGAGGGUGGGCCUCCAUAUAGAGUAUCAGUUUCCGACUAUGAAGAAGUGCUGCAUCCUGUUGGGUUUAGAGCAAUAUCUAUUGUGGAAAAUCACAUGGCUAUUGCACCUCGUAGGGGACGAGAGAAGCUGGGGAGAUGGAAAAGGUUCGUCAGCAAGUCCUUGAUGUGAUAAUUCACAUCAAGACUUAGCCUAAGAUGGCAAGUCAAUAUUCACAUUCUGCACGUCCGCGCACAAUUAUACUUCGUGGGGAACAUAUUCUUUUCGAUUACUAUAUGAUCCAACAUUAUUACAUUAUUCAUUGUCUUGAUUAUUGAUCUAUUCUUACCUAGUGAUUAUUAUAUUACUUGAUGUUUCGAAGAUUAACGUGUAUGUAACUUGUAUUGAAUGACAUCUUUUAUAUA